AGCCCUUGAAUAUGGUUGGGCCGGAAACUAAAGGAGCCCCAUCAUUUAUUCUAAAGAUUCUAGCCCAACUAUAAUUGCUUCUCCACCAAAAUUUUCACAAUCCUUCUUUCCAGUUUCCGGCCUCCUCUCCGAUUCCAAUUCCAGAACUCGCCGUUCAUCCAGGUUUCUCCGGCAUCCUAGAAAAUGGCAUUGUCCUCAGCUUUGCGCGGUAUAUUAGGGGGAUGUUUGGCACAUUCACCAAACCAUGUAUCUCAACUUGCUGCGGUUCGACUCUGUUCAACCCUGACUACCUCUAAGCUCUUCAUCAGUGGUCUCGCUAGACACACUUCAGACGAAGGCCUAAGGAAAGCAUUCGAGCCAUUUGGGAAUCUCACUGAGGCCAAAGUUGUUACAGAUAGAGCUACCGGGAGGUCCAAGGGGUUUGGGUUUGUUGCCUACGAAACGAUUGAAGAGGCUCAAAAAGCCCGGGAAGGACUGAAUGCGAAGUACUUGGAUGGUUGGGUCAUUUUUGUGGACCCCGCCAAGCCGAGGGAGUUUAGGCCUCCGCCUCAAGUUGAGCGGGAGGCGCCAAGUUUUGGUAUCAUGAGCAACAAGACCGUCGGUUGGUCUGGUUGACGCUUUUGUGGAUUUCUGGGUAUUGAGAAUAGUGUUAAUUUUUUGGUAAUGGGUUGUGGAAGAGGUCCUUGAUGCAACACAUUGUGAUUGAUUAAUAUGUGGGAGAUUUCAUGUCUUUAGUUCAAAAAAAUGAAGCACAUUGUGACACUUACAAUUGGCGCUGCUUUCUUUGUUUUGUGACUUUUCAUCAUUCAGUAUUACACAAACUUUUUUUUGAUAACUAUUGUCUUAUGUGGUGCAUUUACUUCAAAAGUUCACAUUUUUUUGCACUCUUUAAUUUUUAUUAAAGAAAAAGUGUGUGGUUUA